AUGUUUAACGUAAGUGCCAUUGGUAUCGAAAGCACUCAGAGGAUUACUAACCAAAGACAGCUUGGAAAGAUUUUCCACUACACGGUGGAUCUUGUGUUAAUCUCUAUUAUCUUAGCAGCGCUAAGAAAGAAUACGGGACUAAGCCUGACAGCCUCUGACCUGUCUUCGUCAAAUGAUGGUCAAACCUACAUAAAGAAAUACCUAGGUUUCGGGGAAUAUUCCUACAACCUCCUGGUGUCGUUUGCCAGAAGGUCCAGAUGGUUCAAACAGAGGCCCAUAAGAGAUACAAACGACCUCAGAGACAGAAUCAAACAAGAAGUCAAUGGAUUCAUAGAUGAUACCUCCAAAUAG